CAUGGCUUACUGCUCAUGCAAAACUGUGGAAUCAGUGAUUCCUGAACAUUGAAAGAGCGAUUGCGGGGGAGGGACAGCAGUGGGAAGAUGGGGAGAAAUAAUGUGAGAAUCUCCAGGAUUUGUUUUUUGAAACUGCGUUCCCCUGCCCCCAUCUGUGAGGUGGGACUACGCUCCUCCUCUCCUGACUUCUUAGAGACUCACUACCAGUAAUAGGAGACAUUACUGAUGGGACUGUAAUUCCUGGGUAAAUGGCGUGAUGGCAGGAAAAAGAAUAUGGAACCAUUGAUUUAAAAGAUCUUGUUAGCUUCUAAGGGGUGGACGAGGAGCCAGAGGGCCUGGGUUUGAGUUCCAGCUUUCCUUCCUCUUGGUCAUGUGACUGUGAGUGGUUCCUUUCCAACAUCAGUUUCCUCUUCUAUAACCUGUCUUGUCUGACAGAAUUGUUGGAGUCACAUGCAAUAAUAUGCUUGAAAAGACUGAAAACUAAAUCUCCAAUCAAAUGUAACUUUGUCAAUAAUAACGUAGAAUAACAGCUAAAAGGAUUCUAAAUUUAUUAAAGAGUACCCUCUGUUGGGAAUUAAAAGGCUCUCACUCUCUUUUCCUUGUUUUCUUUCACUGCUCUUUUUAUGAAAAACAAAGAAAAACUGAUAUGUUUGUAUAUUAGGCCCUGGAGCCCCAGAGUCUAUAGCAGCCUGCUGUUGAUGCCGGAGGAGACUAACUAGGGUAACACUGGGGGAAAAAGAGCGUUUUACUAGUGCCGUUGGGAAAGAGGAAGGCACCUUGGUCAGCUUCUGGGGGUGGGGAAGAGAAAGCAGAGGGUUAGUUUCAUUUCUGAGUUUGUAGAUGUUCCUUUAAAUCAGGGGUCAGCAAACUUGUUCUGAAAAGACUCAAAUAACAAAUAUUUUAGGCUUUGCAAGCCGUAGAAUCUUUCGCAGCUACUCAACUCUGCCCUUGUAGCACGGAAGCCCCCAUAGGCGGUAUGUACAUGAAUGGGUGUGGCUGUGUGCCAGUCAACUUUAUUUACAAAAACAGGCAAGAAGGCGGGAUUUGGCCUACGGGCAGUAGCAUGCCAACCCCAGCUUUAAAUUUCUAGUUCUCAGAGCCGGAAUAUUUGCUUUCUGUGACAUCUACCCAGUCUGUAAUUUAAAAAUUAAACUUGCCUAGAAUUUUAUUCAGCUUUCAACAACUGUUGUUUGACUGUCUACUGUGGGCUCAGAUGCUGUGUAGGACAGGGAGAUAAGAGACUAUAAUAUUUCCCUGAUUCUUUGCUCCUAAUAGAGAAUCAGUUUUUUGUGCCAUCACAUACUAAAUACACAAGUAAAUAUAUUAUUUCUAUACAGGUAGUAUGAAAUUGAACACUAGGCUGUAAGAAGGAAUCUUUCAACACGAUGUAACCUCAGACUGGUGAUGUUAGUGUUCCUGUGCUUGCAAUACUGGUGGUGACUGUUCCUUGCCCUGUGAUCAGUUCAGCAUGUGACUUUUGACAAGUUAGUUAUGGGCUUCAGUUUCCUCACAGUGCCAGCAGAUGUAACAGCCCCUGAAAGUGGCAGUUGCAACAGGUUUGAAGUAACACUAGAGAAAUCCAAUAAGAAUUUCUCCAAGAAGAUCCAGCAGAUCCAUGUGGUUUCCCAGUUUAAGAUUCUGGUCAGCUUGUUAGAAAAUAACAUUUAUGUCCAUGACCUAUUGACAUUUCAACAAAUCACUACGGUGUCAAAGGCAAAGGGAGCGUCACUGUUCACCUGUGACCUCCAGCACACAGAUACUGGUGAGGAGGUGUUGCGGAUGUGUGUGGCUGUGAAAAAGAAGCUGCAGCUCUAUUUCUGGAAGGACAGAGAAUUUCAUGAACUGCAGGGGGACUUCAGUGUACCAGACGUGCCCAAGUCCAUGGCGUGGUGUGAAAACUCUAUCUGUGUGGGUUUCAAGCGGGACUACUACCUAAUAAGGGUGGAUGGAAAGGGAUCUAUCAAAGAGCUCUUUCCAACAGGAAAACAACUGGAGCCCUUAGUUGCACCUCUGGCAGAUGGAAAAGUGGCCGUGGGUCAGGAUGAUCUCACCGUGGUGCUCAAUGAGGAGGGCAUCUGCACACAGAAAUGUGCCCUGAACUGGACGGACAUACCAGUUGCUAUGGAGCACCAGCCUCCCUACAUCAUUGCGGUGUUACCUCGCUAUGUGGAGAUCCGAACGUUUGAGCCAAGGCUUCUGGUCCAGAGCAUUGAAUUGCAGAGGCCUCGUUUCAUUACCUCGGGAGGAUCCAACAUUAUCUACGUGGCCAGCAAUCAUUUUGUUUGGAGACUGAUUCCUGUUCCCAUGGCGACCCAAAUCCAACAGCUUCUCCAGGACAAGCAGUUUGAAUUGGCUCUGCAGCUGGCAGAAAUGAAAGAAGAUUCUGACAGUGAAAAGCAGCAGCAGAUCCAUCACAUCAAGAACUUGUAUGCCUUCAACCUCUUCUGCCAGAAGCGCUUUGAUGAGUCCAUGCAGGUGUUUGCCAAGCUUGGCACAGAUCCCACCCACGUGAUGGGCCUGUACCCUGACCUGCUGCCCACCGACUACAGGAAGCAGCUGCAGUAUCCUAACCCACUGCCUGUGCUCUCUGGGGCUGAGCUGGAGAAGGCUCACUUAGCUCUGAUUGACUACCUGACCCAGAAACGAAGUCAGUUGGUGAAGAAGUUGCAUGACUCUGAUCACCAGUCCAGCACCUCCCCGCUCAUGGAAGGCACUCCCACCAUCAAGUCCAAGAAGAAGCUGUUGCAAAUCAUUGACACCACCCUGCUCAAGUGCUACCUCCACACCAACGUGGCCCUGGUGGCCCCCUUGCUGCGUCUGGAGAACAAUCACUGUCACAUCGAAGAGAGUGAGCAUGUGCUGAAGAAGGCGCACAAGUACAGUGAACUGAUAAUCCUGUAUGAGAAGAAAGGGCUUCACGAGAAGGCUCUGCAGGUGCUGGUGGACCAGUCCAAGAAAGCCAACUCCCCCCUGAAAGGCCAUGAGAGGACAGUGCAGUACCUGCAGCACCUGGGCACAGAAAACCUGCACUUGAUUUUUUCCUACUCAGUGUGGGUGCUGAGAGACUUCCCAGAAGACGGCCUGAAGAUAUUUACCGAAGAUCUCCCAGAAGUGGAGGCUCUGCCACGAGAUCGCGUGCUUGGCUUCUUAACAGAGAAUUUUAAAGGCCUGGCUAUUCCUUACCUGGAACAUGUCAUCCACGUUUGGAAGGAGACGGGCUCUCAGUUCCACAACUGCUUGAUCCAGCUGUACUGUGAGAAGGUGCAAGGUCUGAUGAAGGAGUAUCUCCUGUCCUUCCCAGCAGGCCAAACCCCAGUUCCUGCUGGAGAGGAGGAGGGAGAGCUGGGAGAAUACCGGCAGAAGCUCCUUAGGUUCUUGGAGAUUUCCAGCUACUACGAUCCAGGCCGGCUCAUCUGUGAUUUUCCUUUCGAUGGCCUCUUAGAAGAGCGAGCUCUCCUCUUGGGACGCAUGGGCAAACACGAACAAGCCCUCUUCAUCUAUGUCCACGUCUUGAAGGAUACCAGGAUGGCUGAGGAGUACUGCCACAAGCAUUAUGACCAAAACAAAAAUGGCAACAAAGAUGUGUAUCUGUCCCUGCUCCGGAUGUACCUGUCACCCCCCAGCGUUCACUGCCUGGGGCCGAUCAAGCUGGAGCUGCUGGAGCUGCUGGAGCCGCAGGCCAACCUCCAGGCUGCCCUGCAGGUCCUCGAGCUGCACCACAGCAAGCUGGACACCACCAAGGCCCUCAACCUUCUGCCAGCCAACACUCAGAUUAAUGAUAUACGCAUCUUUCUGGAAAAGGUCUUAGAAGAAAAUGCACAAAAGAAACGGUUCAAUCAAGUUCUCAAGAACCUUCUCCAUGCAGAGUUCCUGAGGGUCCAGGAGGAGCGAAUUUUACACCAGCAGGUGAAGUGCAUCAUCACAGAGGAGAAGGUGUGCAUGGUGUGCAAGAAGAAGAUCGGGAACAGCGCGUUUGCGAGAUACCCCAAUGGAGUGGUCGUACACUACUUCUGUUCCAAAGAGGUGAACCCGGCUGACACCUGAGCCCAGCUCGCCAAGGACGGCAGAUGGACAGCUCGCUAUCCCCGAGGGUGAAAGAGCACCUGGCCUGAGGGAGCAGGGGCCGCCCCCCAUGGAUCCCGUUUGCACACUGCUGGACACCCGGCGCCCUGGGACAUCGCUGAGUUAGCCAGACUCGCGGUCUGGCAUUGCCAGCUUUGUAACAGAAAGAGGGAUUAGUCAUACCUUACGCCUUUAUGUUGUGGGCAAUUCUGGAUAAUUUAUUGACUACUUGCUUGGACAGGAGGAGGUGGGGAAGUGCACUGUCCCGCCUUUGCAUACCAGUCACCGAAUCAGGAAACUUAUCUCAAGUGUUCAUAACCACACGUAGUUCAUUCAGAGUUUUUCUACCAAGUACCCGACUUCACACGGGCCCCUCAGCAUGGCUGAUGGGGACCCUGUGAGAGAAUAGUGCUGUGUAUACCAGACGCCUCGUUUUCUAUUAAUGGCAUUUGUUUGUCCGGGGUAGCUGUAUGCUGCAUCCCCGUAAUAAUCCCUCCUCGCCUCUUGAUUUUUCAAUCACUUCUCUUCCUCACUAUUUUCUUCCUUUAUCUCUCCCCUCACUGCCCCACCCAGGCUUUCUCUCCCACGCUCCUGACACCAGGAACAACUAACGUUUAAACAAGGUUCAAAUGAGAAGCGAGGCAACGGCCCAGCUUCUAGGAAUACACGGCUAAUGGAUUGUCCUGUACGAUGUAAAUAGAUCUCUGAAUGGCACACUCUGCCUAGGGACAUUCUGUCCUCACCUCUUUCUCCGCCCCUGUCCUCUGGGGCCACUGUGCUUGUGGCUCCCGGGGGCCGCACCAGCGCUGAGCUGGGUAUGUGACCUCGUCAGCAAGCGCUCGGAAGAGGCACCUGCCCCAGCUCCCUCACCAGCAGCAGCUCAGCUCAGGCUGGCUUGGUCACUGCAAGCAGCGGUCUUUGUGCUUUGGGCGCCUUUCUCUUUCCAGCUGGUUUCCAUCCACUUACCUUCCAGCUUGGCCUGGCUCUCAGUUCUGUGAUCUUGUGAGGUGUGCAGGGACAGCAGAGACCAGCAACACAUGGGCUUAUAAAAUAAUUCACUGCCAUGUCUGCUCAGCCUCGGUUGGGGAGCCUGCCUGCCAAAGGUACCUAGAGGCACACAGGCCUGGAGGCUGAGGAGACGUGGGGCGAGUGGUCCCGCACCCUGCUCUCCCCAAGGUUUCUGCAGAUCCGCACCCUUGCUGAACCAGUAUCUUUAACAAGAGUGAGGGUGUGUGAGUGCCCCAGCGCUGGACCUGUUUUACUGGCCUGUCCUCGACAUGCUGUGAUCCUUUUCAAACCACAGCAUCGUGCUGUUCUUUGCCCUGUGCUGUAGGCAGGCUCGCUAGGGAUGCUGGUGGUGGAUUCGGCUCCACCUGGGCACCCUCUCUGUGGAGGGUCUGUGGGGUGAUAAAUGCUGACGGCCCCUUCACAGAGCUGGGCAGUGCGUCACGAGAGCCCCGGCGGACUGUGCGUGGCCGUGCCCACCCAGCGUUGCUCUGGACCCUGUUGGCGCCAGCUGGAAUGUGCUGCUUCAGGUGCAGCGGAACAGUCGCCAGGCCACCCUCAGCUUUCCAGCAGAAACUUGUCCCAUGACGUGACCCUGCCUUCCUGGCCUGCUGCGUUUGCAUCUCCAUCCUUGUUAAUCGUGGCAGGUAGAACAAAGAAUGUGUGUUCUUCCCUUCUGGUGUGCGUAGGUGACCCAGUUUUCCCGAACGAACACCAUCCUUUGUUCCCCAGACCUGUCCUCCCCAGAGGUGUGGAGGGGGCUGGAGAUGAAAGCUCUGUAAUGAGCCCCAAUUAAGAUCUCUUAACUGUUCCUCGUCAUAAAAACAAUAAAGUAAGAAGCCAGGCCUAUUGGGGUCUCUUUUUUACCCCUUCUGUGGAGUAUGAUAAAAAUAACAAUAAAAUGAUAGUAGUUUAGCUAAGAGUUAAGAAUAAUAAACCAAUUAAUAGCGACUAAGACCAAAAAAAAUCAGUACAGGUAGUCCCUGACUUAGGAUGGAUUCAGGUUACCACAAACCACGCUUACUACCAUCCUUUGUUUUGUACAUCUUAUUGUUAGUAAUGUGUACUACAUACGAUGUUGCAAUGUAUAAUUUUCUGAUGUUAUCAUUCUCUUAAAACCAAAAACCACAC